CUUCACUGUCAUCAAACACCCCCUUUACUCCACCCGACUUCCCUCCUAAUCUAUGUUCUUUUAGACACACUAAAGAAGUUCACCUACAAAUUUUGUUCCUGUAUUCAUUAACAAGCAUUGUUCACUUUUUGUUUAUAAACCGUUUCACUUCUGAUUCUGAAUAUACAGAAAUGGGAGUUGGAGGUACAUUGGAGUACUUGUCUGAUCUAAUGGGCAGUGGCUACCACCACAAGAAGAAGAAGAAGCAGUUCCAGACCGUGGAGCUAAAGGUGAGAAUGGAUUGUGAUGGUUGUGAGCUCAAGGUCAAGAACGCCCUUUCCUCACUUAGUGGAGUGAAAUCUGUGGAGAUAAACCGAAAACAGCAGAAAGUGACAGUAACUGGUUAUGUUGAGCCAAACAAGGUGCUGAAGAAGGCUAAAUCAACAGGAAAGAAGGCUGAGAUUUGGCCCUAUGUGCCUUACAACUUGGUGGCACAUCCAUAUGCAGUUCAAGCUUAUGACAAGAAGGCUCCCCCUGGUUAUGUGAGGAGAGCGGAGGUCCCUGCUAACAUGGGAACCGUCACAAGAUAUGAAGACCCAUACAUCACCAUGUUCAGUGAUGACAACCCCAAUGCAUGUUCCAUCAUGUAGACAAAAAUGUUUUUUCCGCACAGCAUUGUAAAUUUUCAAAUUUUAAUGCAGUGUUUUUUCUCUUUUAGCAUUUUUCUUUUUUGUUUUCUGGUCCAUUUUCACGUUAUUGCUUUCUAGGAGUGUUGACUCUUUUUUUGUUUUACAUAAAAAGAUGAGAAGAGGCGUUGCUGUGAAUGUGAUCA